AGUGUCUGCAGGUGUUGGAAGAGGCGCAGUGUUGGCGUUAGUGACGCUUAAAACGGUUUCUACGAUGGCUUCAGCUACAGAUAACCGUUAUGGACAAAAGGAGUCCUCUGACCAGAACUUUGAUUACAUGUUCAAAAUCCUGAUCAUCGGGAACAGCAGCGUUGGGAAGACCAGCUUUUUGUUUCGUUAUGCAGACGACUCCUUCACGCCAGCGUUUGUAAGCACAGUGGGUAUCGACUUCAAGGUGAAAACCAUCUACAGGAAUGACAAGAGGAUAAAGCUGCAGAUCUGGGACACAGCAGGACAGGAGCGCUACAGAACCAUCACCACUGCCUACUACCGCGGAGCCAUGGGCUUUAUCCUCAUGUACGACAUCACCAAUGAAGAGUCUUUCGCUGCGGUGCAGGACUGGUCCACACAGAUUAAGACAUACUCAUGGGAUAAUGCCCAGGUGCUUCUAGUGGGAAACAAGUGUGACAUGGAGGAUGAGAGGGUCGUGGCCUCUGAAAGGGGCCGGCAGCUCUCCGAGCAUCUUGGUUUUGAGUUUUAUGAGGCCAGUGCCAAGGACAACAUAAAUGUUAAACAAACCUUUGAGAGGCUGGUUGACAUAAUCUGUGAGAAGAUGUCGGAGAGCCUGGAUGCCGCUGAUCCUGCGGUGACAGGAGCCAAACAGGGGCCACAACUCACAGAGCAGCCUGCCGCUCCGCACCAGGACUGCGCUUGCUGAAACCCCCUCAGCUCUAUCAGUACUGCCUUGCAUUAACACAAAAAAAUGAAUUUAGGUAUUUAAAAAAAGAACAAGAAACAUAAAACUCUCAAUUUCCCUUACUGCCUCAACUGGCCACACCCUCUAGCCCCUCCUCUGCUCCCCCUUAGCCCCUCCCCCUCUCUGAACUCUUAAUAAUUUCUCAUUUUCGACAUCCCAUGCUUUGUACAUUGGAAAAAAGUUAUUUCAAUCCAUUGAAUUUUAAAAGGAAGCCAUAGCACCCUUCAAGGGUUUUUGAUUAGGCCUGAAAUUAUGAUUAAGCCCAUGUUAACUUUUAGAAACUUUAUGGUUAGGCCUAAAUUUAAAUUUUAGCAGUGUAUGAUUAGGACCAAGUUUCGUUUCAUUUAGGCCAGGCCUAAGUAAACGUCAGCACAUUUUUUUGUGUUUUAGCAUUUUUCAGUUUUCAAUGCCUUCAUUAUAUAUAAAAGGGACGGAAAAAUAUUUCUGUAUAGAUAUUCCAAAUGUGUACAUAAUAAAUACAGUGCAGUAUUUAAAUUAUACAGUUAGAGAUACAUAUCUAAAAUGUUAUUUUUUAUUUUAUUUUGAAAAUGACAAAUUCAAAAAAUAUAAAGUUAGAGAAGUCAAUUAAUGCUGUUUUCAUGCUUAUUCUUAGCUGUGCUUGUCACAAACCCAUUCUGGCUUACUUGUAUCUGUGACAUUUUGUAUCUUGUUCACUGCCUUGCCUCAUAGAAUUUCAGUCCAGGGACUGAAACCCAUAUAUCAUACACAAACAUUCCUUAAUGUAAAUCUGCAUGUAAGGAAAUUAAGCCAUUUAGGCACAUAGUGGUAAGAUUCCUUUCUAACUGCUUGGUUAGGUCUAGUCAAUUGUAUUUCUAGUCAAGAUCACAGUUUAAUUUGUGCCCAUACUGUUGCUUCGGUCACUGUAGCAGCAGAACCAUACAUUUGAACUAUAGUUGAUACCAACAAUACUCUUAUUAUAUGCUCUUUACUAAGACUUUGCCUAGCAUUUCCCAUUAAGAUUUUCUAGAUUGGUGUGUCCUGUGAAAAAUUUUGUCUGGAAUUAAUACCAGGCCUGCAACUAUAAUGCAAAAAUCAGCAUAAGUGCUAAAAAAGCCCAUGAUGAGUAUUAAUGUUUACAUGUGUAAGACCCUCUCAAAUUAUUCCUGCAUCUUUCAUUUGGUAUUCUGUCUUCCUUUAGUGAAAAUAUACUGUAAAUACAGUUGGGUCUUUGGUUUUAUGUGUGGACUGUGUUGUAUCAAUUCUGGGCUUAAAAAUAUAUUACGAGAUAUAUAUAUAUAAAAAGGAUAUAAAGUUUGUUCUUUACCUGCUGUUGUGUAUGCCUGCUUGUGAAUGAAUGUGUCACUUUAUUACAAAGCAAUACAGAAGAAACUACCAUUUCAUGUGUUAUAGAUUACAUUAACAGAGUGAUGAAUAAAGCAUUUGAUGUAGGAUGUAAUAGAAAUGUGAUAGUAAGCGGUUUAAAUCCUGGUUAGGAAGUUCAAUGGUAAGCUAAAGGAGGUAGACAGACUUUUACAUAUACUGUGGAGCAUACUGUUGUCCCCUACUGACAAUGGCUCUGGAUAUCAAGAGUGAGAAAAUAUGCAUUUGAAUCUUUAUCAUCGCAGGUCAUCCUGUAAGGUAGCCUCUCCACCAUCAGAUCAGUUUAUCAUGACUAAGAUUAUGUAAUUUAUUUUUAUUUUUAAAUACUACAUUUUUAUGUUUUUUUUUCAUGCUUUCCAUUGUGAUUUUUUCUUUCUUUUUUUUUUUUUUUACUUUUUCUGAUAUUGGAGUGUAAUGUACAAGGAAAAAACACUAAUAUGCAGUAGUAAAUGUACUGUAUUUACAAUAAGGGGUUUGGUGUCAGUGUCCAGUGGUGAAAUUUACCAAAUCAACUGUCUAUGUUGUGAAAAUGACUGAACUUAUAAAAAGAAAAUAAAGGUUUGUGCUGUUUACUUGA